GAAUAAACUGCAACGAAUCACGCUGAAGCUGUGCAUUUUUGGUGGUGGGAAAAAUGACCUUUCAAUUAGUCAGAAACCAGCGUAACUUCAACGCUUGUUUAUCUAUAAACAGUGCAUAAGCACGCGCAUGGAUGGUACAGCACAAGGCCCAAUUGGAUCACCGAGGGUGCAUUCCCUGCGAUCUCGGUCUCCCCUGGUGUGAGACAAUAGCGAGAAGCAGCACCUACAUGCUGUUUUUUGCUUUCUCCCUCUCUCUCUCCUUCUCUGUACGCAUAUAUAGCUCUUCAGACCCCCUUGUCCUUCACUUGCUGAGAGCUGUGUGCAUAGAGAGUGUGAUAUUAAAGGCUGCGCAGGUUCCCCGUUAAAAAUACAGCAGCUUAAGGCCACUUCUCCUGUCAUUAUCCCCCUAAUAACACUGUGUCCAGACAAGACGACUUGUGAAGACAUUUUAACCCUAUGACAAUCAUCAACUAUACCCUUGUCACGGGUGGUUUAGGAUACAUUGCGUCACAUACCAUUCCCCUUAUAGAAGGCCGAGUUGUGAUCGUGGACAACUGCUCAAACUCCAAUAUUGACACGCUGAAGGGCAUCAACGCACUGGUUAGAGACGAGCCUGUGGACUUCUACCACGUGGAUUUGACAGACGCUGAACAAUUGGCCAAAUUCUUUGACGAGUUCCACAAUGAUGGCCAUAACAAGAGGCAGAUCACCAGGGUGCUUCACUUUGCUGGCCUGAAGAGCGUGAGUGACUCUCUUGCUGAGCCGGAGCUGUACUAUGACCAUAACGUGAAGGCAACCGUGAACCUGCUAGAUCAAAUCAGGAGGUUUAGACAGAUUGAGACGCUGGUGUUUGCCAGCUCUGCUGCUGUGUAUGGUGCUGCGCAGAGCCCCAUAUCGGAGUCAAUCAAGUGUAUACCAACUACUCCAUACGGUGCUACAAAGCUGAAGGUUGAAGCCAUUCUCAGGGAAUUUGCCAAUUCAUAUCCAACAGUCAACAUUGGUAUGUUGAGGUAUUUCAACCCUGUUGGUGUUCAUCCUUCUGGGCUACUAGGCGAGCAGUCAAAGAACCUGAUGCCAAUGGUCUUGAAGAGCCUGAAAGAAGGCAAAGAGAUGACCGUCUACGACGGCAUACGAGACUACGUUUCUGUUUUGGACGUUGCUAGGGCAUGUAUGUUGGUUAUACAGUACUUGGAAUAUCAUAGACAGGCCAAUGUGUUUGAGUCUUGGAACCUAGGAAGUGGUCAGGGGUUAUCGGUUAAGGAGAUACUGGAACUGUUCAAGGCCUCAACCGGCGUCCAUGUGCCAUACAGAGAGGCAGGGAAAAGAGAAGGUGACGUGGACGUGCUGAUCUCUGAUAUAACAAAGGCGAAAGCUCAAUUGGACUGGCAACCGUGUGUUUCACUGGACCAAUCUUUCAAGGACCUGUGGAGAUGGUAUACAUCACAAUGAGGAUACGCAUCAUUGCCUAGUCCACCUCUGAACCAUCUUGAGGAUGUUCAGAGCCACUGCUAGCACCACCAGCACCAGCUCUGCCAGUUUCUCCGUUAUUAGUCCAACUGUUUCGUUCUCCGUGACUCUUAUCAGAAAUGUCUGUAGGCUCUUCAGCCAAGGUGUAGUGAUCUCGAUGAGUAGCCUUAUAAUCCUGAUGCUUACGAUAACGAUCCCCAGCAUCACUUCGCCUCUGUUCUUCCUCUCCAAGAUCCCAGACACCUCCUCCAGCUGGCCUCUGCCCAC